AAGUAGAACAAAUAUGAUUCACGUUCAGACAAUCGAGUAGGUGAGCUGUCCACCAGCCCCCCCAGCGCUGAGAAAUGAAGAAGCGGCUCACACUGCUGCUCAGGAUUCAGCCGCUCGUAGUGUCUGUGUCAUUAAUAAGCCGGAAAUUCACGGUUGGUAGGUAUUUGUUUGGUCCCUAAUAAUCUGGACAGUGUGCACAGCAGAGGACAAUGCCAACUCACUCCUUGCUGCCGUGUGUGGAGAGCCCAGAUGGACUUGCUCAAGAUAUUGUUGUUAGUAAUAAUGCAAGCAUCCCAGGGCCUGGCUCGAGCAUGACACCACACGCCACCUACUCAGAAAAGGCUGUGUUGCAAUCUGGAGGAAGUGUGCCAUUAUCUUGUAUGUUCUGUGAUCAGACUUUCAUUCAUCAGGAUGAGCUAGGACCCCACGUGUUAACACAGCACCCCACCACUUUCUUUGAGCCAGCUGUGCUUCGAGUCGAAGCAGAAUUCAGGAUCCCAGGAGAGAGACCCCGGCCUAAAUCGAGCAGCCUCCCUGCUGAAAAAGAGGAGGUUCACAGCUGUAUAGUGUGUGGUCAGGUUUCACAAGAUGCCAGUGAGCUGGAGACCCACAUGAGGAAGCACAAGGACUACUUUACUUACUGCUGCAGUGUGUGCGGACGGCGAUUUAGAGAGCCGUGGUUCCUCAAAAAUCACAUGAAGAUGCAUGUCAAACCAGGAGCAAAGAGCAAGGCCCAGCAAGACCAGGAGACCCCGGUCACAGUCAACGGCGUCGUCCAAGACCCUGUUCCAGAGCCUGUAGUCACAGUUUACAAAAUGUGCAUGGUUUGUGGGUUUUUCUUCCCUGACCAUGACUGCUUGGUUGAGCAUAGUAGAGUACAUAAUCGAGAGGUGGAGCCUGGCAAAGAUAAAGACAAGGAGAACAUGGAUUGCACUACUGAAUCUGUUACCAAACAAGCAUUUCUUCACAGUCUACAACUUCUGCCUCGGUCGACAGGAAAUAGUUUGCAACACGAGAGGUCAUCAAAAUGGAUUCCCCAGCUAGAUCCCUUCAACACAUAUCAGGCCUGGCAACUUGCUACAAAGGGCAAGAUAGCGGUUGGUCCAAAUACUAGUAAAGAUAUUGGCCAGGAAGCCAGCACAGACAAUGAAGAAUGCGGCUCUGAUAAGGAGGAGUCAAGUAAUAUUUGGCCUGAGGGACAAGGAGACAAAGCUACGAAAGAGGUCCAUGGGAGAGCGCUCUGGUCUCAGCAGCAGAGAGUAGGAGGAAACUCUGAACCACAGCGGAGGUCUCUAAUGCAAAAAGAUAAGGACAAAGAAAGGCCAACCAAAUGUGAGGAAUGUCAGAGAACCUUCCGAACAUACCACCAGUUAGUUCUCCACUCAAGGGUCCACAAACGAGAGAGAGGGGGCGAAGAGAGUCCGACUUCUGUUGAUGGGAAGAUGUCAAGAGGAGGCUCACUGGAGCAGGCAGAGGAGGGCUCUGAGGAGGGCUUCGAGGAAGCAGCACUGACAGAAAACCUGGUUCCAGGUGAAGAUGGUUUUGAUCGAUCAAAGGUCAGAUCAAAAGAAUGCAGCUACUGUGGCAAAUCAUUUCGAUCAAGCUAUUACCUCACAGUUCACCUGAGGACUCACACAGGUGAAAAACCGUUCAAGUGUGCUUACUGCGACUACGCUGCAGCCCAGAAGACUUCACUGAAGUAUCACCUGGAUCGGCGUCACAAGGACAGAGCUUAUGUGGACAUUCCCAGCAGACCUACACCUUUAGCGCCCUCUCCUAAUGAUGGAAAACACGGAAAUGACAGUGAAAAUCCUGCUCCAAGUAGAUCCAAACUUUGGGUUCCUGGAGCGCGAUCAUGCACCAGUGGAACACCAGAGGACAGUUUAGAUAGCAUAGAUAACAACCUCAGCAAACUGCUUGUCCAGAAGAGUGCUGAGUACGAGAAGUUAAUUGUUAAGUCUGCAUACUCCCCGACUGACAAUGCUGUGAAAUGCCCCCUACCUGUCAACCUGAAGGUGGAAAGGGAGGAGACGAAAGACGAGAACUCUGAGACCCCAUUAAAUCUGUCCUUAAAAGUGUCUCUCUCCAUCCCUGCCAGUGCAGAACCCAGACCUGCAUUAACUCCAUUUGCUUGUUCGUUUUGUCCGUAUAAGACCAUGUACCCAGAGGUUCUGAUAAUGCACAAGAAGCUGAGCCAUAAGGACAAGUCAGACAAUACAAAAAAGAACGGAUUCGGAGGCAGUUUGAAACAAAAACGUUUGACAGGUUGCCCCCCAGCGCUCGAUGGCAAAGAUGUCACCCCGCUUCCGAUGAUUGACCGGCGCCACCCUCGUCGGACCAAGUCUCCACCUCCUCAGCCAGCAAAACCACAAGAAAAAACACCCGUUCACCCACCUAAUGGUCCAAAACGGUCCCCUAUCCACGCACCCCUCCAUGAUGUGGUCCAGGAGACCCAGCGUCACAGACUUAACACUGAUACACAUCCAAAUCAGGAGUCCUCCAGAUAUAAAGAGCUCUUGAAGAAAUCCAACACAGGACGCAAGUAUGUCUUGGACCGACCAGGCCCCCCGGACAGAAUGGGAGUUGGUGAGAGGAGUUUCCCGGCGAGAGGUGGUGUCAUGUGGAACUCGGAUGCUGCCAGGUUGUGCCUGUCGAGCCGGUUUGGGAGCCUCCCCCAGAUGGAUUUUGGUGAAACCUCCAGCAAGAGAUUAAAGUAUAUGGUACCCACAGGCAGGGAAGCUGACACCGGUGAGAAGCCGGGCUUUAGAGGACCGGCAGGGGAUGGAUCCGGCAGGCUGCUUGCAUCUGUGAGAUGUGUGAAAACUGCAUCACAAGGGUCGGGUCCAUCCACAGCUUCUGAGAACUUGGGUCCUUUGAAGGCUGCAUCUACAGCUAUAGGUGGAGGUUUGGACACUGAGUGGAGCAUGAUGAACCUUCUGCACUCCUACACGCCCAACAACCUGGCAUCUCUCUAUCACAGCACGCCAGCCAACCCCAGUUAUGGAGGACUGGCCAACCCAAGAGCAGGAGGCAGAACUGUGCUGUACCAACACUUACCCACUCUGCCCAACCUGCAGAGGAGAGACCCCUCAGGCCUUUUCCCUAAUCAACGCUAUGGGACCACUGACAAAAGUACCUAAAGUGGCACCAAGGUAAAAGGUUGAAAAACACUUUGAAGUACAUUAAGUUGGAUCUUCCUUUUUUUGAUAUUCUGACUCACAUCUGGUGCUUUCUAUAAAUGAAUCAAUUCAUGUUUUAAAACAUAAAGUAUUUUUUUCCCUUCUUUCUAGAUUUGAACUGUGCUGCUACCUUAUUUUGGAGAACGUCUUGUUUGUUGGAAAGUUUGUUUAAUAUAAGAGAUGGUUUGUGCUCAAAAAGUGUCUAGGCACCCCUAAUUUAAUGGUUUUUUUUGUGUUUCGUAGACAUUUCAGAGGCCUUUAGUGUACAUUUGAUUUUUUUUUUGAGCGGAAAAGUGCAGAUCAUCUCUCUUUGAAGAUGUUUUUCCACUGGUGUGAUAUUUUUUUCCCACUCAAAACUGUUACUUAAUCCAUAUUUGACCCACACUAAUGUUCAGAUAUCUGUAAGUGUCUAUGACAUAACAGUAUAAUGUAUAUGUGGGAUAACACAAAUAUAUCUGUAAGCUUUCAGUACGUAAAAAUUGUAUUAAGUAAAAACUUAAAUAUAAUUUGUGUGAAAAAUUGCUGCUCUGGUUAAUUAAGUGUUGAUGUCCAGGCAGUAAUUAAGCACUGUUCUAUUUCUUUUUCCUUUUCCAAGGCACUGAAGGGUGUGGGUGUUUUCUGUGGAGUAACUUUAUGGCUUCGGCCCUGUGGUUUACAAACAGGCCACAGUAGUGAGUCCUGUGUAUGUGUAAGUGGUCUACCUCAUUUUGUGCUCUAGAUACUGUUAUUUUUGUAAAGCUGCUGUAGCUUUCAUGUCAGCUGAGCCUCUACACCCAGUCAUUUGUCAACUAGAGACGGGUGUUUCGAGUCGUAGUGGAACUAGAUGGACGUGCUUAUCGGGCACCACAUAAAACACUGACUCAUCUGUGACAGGAGAGCUGCUGCAGAGGCCAAACCGACCUGUGGCGCAUGAUUAGCUGUAACACAAUAUGGGUUGUGGAUUUCUUUGAUACACUUUGUAUUUACAAGCCCAGUUUUAAACACAGAACAGAUUUCGGGGGUAUUAUUUGUCCUUUUGAUCAUCUGCUUUAGUGGUGCCUCAGAUCCAUAAGCUGUAAAAUGUACCAAAUUUCACCAGUUUCAUCAGUUUCUGUUUGUAUUAAGUGGUCGUGUUGUGUUCUUUGGACUGCGCAUUUAAUCACUAUUCAAGAGUUUGUUUUUAUUAGUCUUGAAAGUGUUACUGUGUUUCAAGUGGCAGCCGUCAGUCCCAGCUGGUCAUCAAGCAAGCGUUUAGAUGUGGUAUGACUGUGCAGCUUGGAAAAAAAAAAACACCACAACACAACACAAAAGCAGCUAUGUUGAUUAAUUGUUUGAUUAA